AUGACAUCCAAUCCACCCCUUCCAUCCCGCUCCGCCCUCAGCAACAAGGCCCACCGAUACCGCAUGCUAUCAAGCCUACUCUCCCUACUAGACCGCUACCUCUCCUGGCCACUGCCUCCAAGACCAAGCGUCGAAAUCGCCAUUCCCUCAACAGUCAGUAAAUCUCCAGGACUAAUCCAACUCUACUUCUUCACUACACCCUCAAAACCCCUCUGUCCUCGCAAGCAAACCAGCCCCAUCCCGCCCCGUCCCGUCCUCAUAAACUUCCACGGCGGCGGCUUCUCAAUCGGCCACGCCCGCGAUGAUGCCCGCUGGGCCGGUACCGUGUUAAAAGCCCACCCGGAUGCGGUAGUGGUAAGUGUCAAUUACCGACUAGCGCCGGAGCAACCCUUCCCCGUGGCGCUGGAGGACGGCGUCGACGCCAUCCUAUGGCUAUGGCAAGAAGCGCCGAAGUACAAUCUCGACAAGACGCGCUUCGCACUCAGCGGAUGCAGCGCAGGCGGGAAUCUCACUCUAGCCGUGCCGUUCCGGCUACACGAGGAAUUACAGAAAAAGCGCUGGGCGUCGAUGCGCGCGGAGAUAACGUUGGCUGGCUUGGUGGUUUUCUAUCCUAGUACGGACUGGACGCGGACGCGGAAAGAGCGGGAUGCUACGAAUCCUAUCGCCGCGCAAAAAACUAUGAUAUCCCAUUCGAUGUACGAGUUGUUCGACGAUUCGUAUCUUUUCCCUGCGAGUCUGCCGAAAGGGCAGGGUACCGGUCGGACGGAUAUGUCGCAUCCUUAUCUUUCGCCUGGUUUGGCGCCUGCGUCUCUUUUGUAUGUGAGCUAUCCGCCUGCUGUGGCGAUUUAUACUUGUGGGUGGGAUCAGUUGCUUGUUGAGGGGAAUUCGUUCCGGGAAAGGCUCAGGGGCUUUGUUGAAGAAGGGAAGAUGAUGAGUGUAGGCGGGUUUGUGGUUGAGGAUGUUGCUCAUGGAUUUGAUAAAAAGCCCUCUUUUUGGAGGGGGAAUCAGGUGCGUGAGAGGAUGUAUGGGGAUGCUGUUAACCAGUUGAAAACGAUGUGGAAGAUGGAUUGA